GUUCAAACUGCGCUCCAUUUGAAUCUGAAAUGUAGUAACAUCGUGAUCGCUUACUUUUUUUUGUUUAUUUAUCUUAAUCUAUCUAUCCAUUUUCCAAAGCAUGAGAAAGUUGAUGUAAACAUCCCCAUAGAAACCGGAUAAGAACAUUACAUAUGACGAUUACAAUGCAAGUAUUGAAGCUAUUAAUACAAUGCAAGUGUGCGAGAUCAAUGGGCUUCCCCUCUGGUCAGUUCUCGCGUGUGGACAACUUUUCAACCAGCUGUCAAUGGCGAGCAAGCAAAAAGGUCAGUCAAUACAGCACAGUGGACACAGAGCGCUACUCGUCUCUGGUGCGUGCGGUGUUGUCCUCAAAAACCAGUUCACAGACUCCUGCGAGCAUCGAGGAUGAGGACUGUCAGCUGUACGGACCUGUAAUAAGAUCCAGACCGCCUUCACAACAGCCCAAAGUACCUAAAAACCUGCAUCCACUGUUAAAUGAGGCCAAAGGUCAGUCGGAAUAUGUGCCGGGACCUUUGGCUCGUAUAACAUUACAGAGGGACUCUAAUACGACAUCACCUAGUGUGACCCGAAUCCUACAGAAGACCAUGCCACCUGACCAAGCCUUUUACCUGGAGAGGUGGAAGAGAAGGAUGAUUGCUGAACUCGGAGAGGAAGGAUUUAAAGAAUACAGCUUGAACAUUUUCAGACAAGGACAGCUGUUCCAUUCUGCCAUUGAGGACCAUUUCACCCAGGAAACCCCUUCUAAAGAGGACCCUGAUCGCCCAUUGGAGGUGUCCGGAUUUGUAGAGAGUGCGUCUCAUGUGCUGAAUGAUAUAACAGGAGUGAGAGCUAUUGAGAGUGCUGUGCAUCAUUCUACUUUACAGUACCUGGGGAUUGUAGAUUGUAUUGCCCAGUACAGAGGUUCAUUGUGUGUCAUUGACUGGAAGACCUCUGAAAAGCCUAAGCCCUUGCUUCGCCAUACUUAUGACAAUCCAUUACAAGUAGCUGCAUACAUUGGAGCCUUGAACAGUGACAACAACUACAGCUACCAGGUAAAAAACGGUUUAAUUGUGGUGGCCUACAAAGAUGGAUCACCCGCACAUGCUCACUUUUUGAACUCACAGCAGAUUAGGCCAUUCUGGGAGAAAUGGCUGCUUCGACUAGAAGAGUAUGCAGAAAAAUAAAACGGCUUACAAAUCAAGCUGAUGCUACACAAUGUGUAGUUUAACUGUAAAUGUUUGUUUUACAUGUGAUACAAAGAAUAAAUAGUUGUGUUGUACACAUUU